GAGUUUCUGGGAGUUGCUGGACAGCCAUUGCAGCUUCGUGGCUCACUCAACAAAACACCGAGAAAAAGGAGAGGAACACCUGACAGGCUGUCUUUUUCUUUUCUUUAAGGGACCGGGAGACCAACUUACAUGAUUAAAAGACCGAACGCGCUCUGUAAAUUAUUCAACACCUAAAAAAGAAAACCGGGAUUUAACAGCUCCGGAUAUGUCAUUCAUAUUAGAUUGGAUUUAUAGCGGGGUCAAUAGCGUACUACAGAUGUUAGGACUGUACAAGAAAUCUGGCAAGUUAGUUUUCCUUGGCCUGGACAACGCCGGCAAGACGACGCUACUGCACAUGCUCAAAGAUGACAGACUGGGACAGCAUGUGCCAACUCUACAUCCAACCUCGGAGGAGCUGACGAUUGCUGGCAUGACUUUCACCACCUUCGACCUUGGAGGCCACGCACAAGCCCGCAGAGUGUGGAAGAACUACCUCCCCGCCAUCAACGGCAUCGUCUUCCUCGUGGACUGCGCAGACCUCGUCCGAUUGGCCGAAUCAAAAACGGAACUUGACGCGCUAAUGACGGACGAGACCAUCGGCAACGUGCCCAUCCUGAUCCUCGGCAACAAGAUCGACCGACCGGAGGCCGUCAGCGAGGAGAAGCUCCGGGAGAUCUUCGGGCUGUACGGACAGACGACGGGCAAGGGCACCAUCGCCGUGAAGGAGCUGAACACGAGGCCCCUGGAGGUGUUCAUGUGCAGCGUGCUGAAGAGGCAGGGCUACGGCGAGGGCUUCCGCUGGCUCUCCCAGUACAUCGACUAGAGCCCACGCCACGCCGCCAUGGGAGGGAAGGGGUGGGGGGGAAAGAGGGAGGGGGGCGGGGCGUGCGCUAAAACCCAACCACUCAAGACGCCCACCGUUGCCACCAGUACCAUCACACUCAGCCCCAUGUUUGGUUAAAACCAGUCUGCCUCGGCCGUCGGGGAAACCAGUCCAACUCGAUCCCAAUAGACUUUUAUUGGUCGAACAUUUGGUUCCACACACACACACACUCGUUUCCAUCUGUCUUUUUUUUUUUCGAAGAGUGACAUCGUUGGUUUUAAAUUCAAACGGAUGUUUCUUUUCUAUAUUGUCUGUUGUUUGCCCCCCCCCCCCCCCCCCCCAUCUGAGUGUGAUGAUGGAUGCAUUAUAACUGUAAAUCUGUACAUGAGUCCUUUGGUAUGCCAACGAUCCCCGAGGAGAGAGAGAACGUGGUUGUAUACAUUGCAGAACACUUUUUUUUGUUUUUUUUAACAGUAAAAAACAUUCUUUCAACUCAUUUAGUAUUUAAUCGACACAUUUUGGUUUGUUUCUUUUCUUCUUUAUAACAUUCCUGUACACUAACUGCGUGGCCACGUGAGCGGCGCUCGCUCGAGUCGUCCGGUCGACCCGUUUACCACCGCAGUGGACCGGUCCACUCCUCGGUCUCUCGGGGGGAGGAGGGGUAGAAGCCGACUUCUGUCUCGUGUAGAAAGGAUCCGCGUCGGCGGGCUGAGCCCCUCUUUUGUUUAAAGAAAGAGGAGCGUUUUAAUAGUAGAUAAAUAAUGCGGGCGGAGUCGGGUGAAGAUGAAAACUAUUUAAGAGACAAAGUUGUGGAUGAACAGCAUGAUGAUGAUGAUGGUGUGCAGGGAGAGGAACACACACACACACACACACACACACACACACACACAUCCAGCCUGCAGAUAUAUUUUCCGGCACAGACCAUGUCCAGGUGGACUCCAGUGACCCAGUGUAGAUAGUGUAGAGUCCCACAGCCUGACCACACACACACAUGGCAUGUACAAUACCACCGUACAUGGAUUUUUUAUUUAUAACUGGUGUCCUUUGAUCUAUGUGCAUUACCAGAAACUAUUAUGCAUGCCUUGUUCUUUUUUUGAUUUGUAAUGAUCAUUCUUCCAGAGAGAACAUCAACAGGAGGGGGAGGGGCUGAGGGGAGGGGGGAGGGAACAAAACAACAAAAAAGAUGCCAAAAUGUUGGAUGAGAGCUGAUUAUCAUGUUUUCUUUAUUUCUUUUCUUUUUUUUAUCAGAAGCGAUGAAACUGCGCCUAACACACUUGUUUCUGUCCCGUUGUGUCUCCUUCAUUCCUUCGUGAGCGCUCCCCACCCGGGUGGAGACUCGCUGUUUGCAUCAUAAAAAAUGUAAUAAAUGUUUUCAAUGAAUAA